ACCCACAAACCCUACCCACCCCCACCCACCCACCAACCCCAACCCAACCCCCCACCGAGGCAACUUAGUUAUUUAAUUAUUUUGUGUAAAAAAAAAUUCCGACUUGCCUUCAACUCCUCGCUAUGCCAGGCUCUGUCCCCAUUCAUUCACCCACUCACUCGCGCGCGCACGCACACACACACACACGCGCGCACACUCACUCUCUCGCUCGCUCUCUCUCUCUCCGUGUAUUCAUAGGAGGUUGGAGGAGAGUUGCAUAUCUCCUCUCGCCUUAGUUAUAUGGCAGAAGGAAGUCGCUUGCACGGUAGUCGAGUUUGUUAGUUUACAAAGGCGGUAGUGAUGCGUAAGUUGGCAACGUAGAAGUAGAUUUGAGUCGAUUCUGGCUUUUUUAUUUCUCUCUCUCUCGCUCUCGUUGGUGUUGCUGUACGGAAUCUUUAGUCGGUGUAUUUGUCGCCAUUCGCUCACGGGCUGAAACUUGACGGAUAUAUAGAUAUAUAGAAUCGCAUUGCUGUGGAAGCUAUUGAAGAUUUGGAUAAUAAUACGAGUAAUUAUAUUUAUUAGUGGAGGGAGUGAGCGGUUGUGUGUGUGUGUGGUGUGUUGGGGGGGGGAGGGGAGAGACUGGGUAGUAAUUUCGCCCCCCAGAAUAGCAAAACAAAAGGAAGAACGUGGAGUCUGUUUCAAAAGAAUACAUUAAUUUCGCCUAACUACAGGAGUCGCUUUAUCUCCCACUCUCGUUUUGUUAUUGCUGCUGUUGUUGUUUGCAGAUUCUACUGUAGUUCGCGCUCGUUCAGAAUCGACGAAUGUUCCGUGUCAGGAGGUAGUUAGUUAGUCGGAGUAGAAAAACAACAAAAAUAACCGGUCACAAAUCGUCUCCCGAUUAUUUUAGGUGGUCCUCGUUUAUCGAUCGCGAGGAGUUCCCAAAAUACUCCGAUUUAUUUUGAAUGACUUUUGAGUUUUUCCGGAGGAAGGUUCACGGAUAAACGGCUUGCGACUGUAGCUAUCGUUUAGGGCAGCUACAAACACAACAGCAGCAACAGCAGUAGUAGCAGCAGCAACAGCAGCAGCAGCAGCAACAGCAGCAGCAGCAGCAGCAACAUCAGUAGCAGCCGCAGCAGCAACAGCAGCAGUAGUAGCAGCAGCAGUAGCAGCAACAACAGCAGCAGCAGCAACAGUAGCAGCAGCAACAGCAGCGUCACCUUUGCCAGAUCGGCUGUGCGUUGGAGGAACUCUUUAACACAGACGGCGAUCACCAUCGUGUUCGAACGAACCACGCUUUUCUCUUCACGCCCUACCUCCCGAAUCGAACCGCUCUCUUCGAAGGCCUCGGCAAGAAAGAAACCAUCGCCCACACAACAACAACAGCAGCAGCAGCAGCAGCAUCGUGGUCAUCGUCUUCACAAGUAGACAUUCUAGCGAGUUUUAAACGACUUCGCCCCGUCGCCAAGAUGAUGUACAGCAUGCUCGAGAGCGACCUCAAACAGCAUGUGGCUCAAACUCAUGGCGGUCUGUCCGCGAACUCCUCUCUCAUCAUCGGAGGAGGUGGCGUUGGUGGUGGUGGAGGAGGUGGUGGUGGAGGUGGUGGUGGACAAGGCGGCAAAGUUGGCGGGCAGCAGAGCCAGCAACUUUGCAACGACCGAGUCAAGAGGCCCAUGAACGCCUUCAUGGUGUGGUCGAGAGGCCAACGGAGAAAGAUGGCCCAAGAAAACCCCAAGAUGCACAACUCCGAAAUCUCCAAGCGUCUCGGCGCCGAGUGGAAGCUCCUCACCGAGGCGGAGAAGAGGCCGUUCAUCGACGAGGCGAAGCGUCUGCGCGCCCUGCACAUGAAAGAACACCCCGACUACAAGUACAGACCACGCCGCAAGACCAAAACCCUCCUGAAAAAGGACAAAUACUCGCUGCCCGCGGGUCUCCUGGGGCCGGGCGGCGUGUCGGUGAACAGCAAUAGCCCCGUGGGUUCCGGCUCGGGCAUGUCGUCGCAUCGCAGCUCCAUGGUGGACGGUGCCGCGUACCAGGCUGCUGUCAAUGGCUGGCCCGGUAGCGGCUAUGCGGCAACUCUCAUGCAGGAUCAGCUGAGCGUGGCGGCGGCCGCCGGCUACAGCCACGGCAGCGUUGGUGGUGCGCACAGCCCCGUCGGGCAGACCAUGGGCCACCACCCGCACCACCACCCCGGGCAUCCGCAUCACCCGGCGCACCACCACCACCACCACCAGUCGCCUCUGCAUCACCCGGCUCACCCACAUCACCCUGCGCACCCCCAUCACCCUGCGCACCCUCAUCACCCGUCGCGCUACGAGAUGGCCGGACUCCCGUACCACCACCAUCACCACGGCCACUCGCACCACGCCGGACAUUCGCACCACGCCAACGCCGUGGCCGCGGCUGCAGCGGCAGCCCACGGCUACAUGAACGGGGCCGCCGUAGCGGCCGCGUACGGGAUGAGCGCUGCGGCAGCGGCUUACGGCCAGACGGCCACGCUGGGAGGCGGUGGAGGUGGUGGUGGAGGAGGUGGUGGAGGUGGUGGAGCAAGCGGCGCGGCGUCGGCUGUUGCGGCGGUCGCGGCCGCGGCUGCUGCUGCGGCAUCGUCCUCCUCUUCGUCAUCUUCGUCGUCGUCGUCGUCUUCGUCGUCGUCGUCCUCUUCUGCGGGAUCGACACCUUCGGCGGCUGCGCAAGCGGCGGCACAAGCGGCGGCGUCUUCGGGAGCAUCGUCGGUGCCGGCUUCGAGCGUGGGCGGUGGCGGCGUUAGCGGCAUUAAGUCGGAGUCGAGCCCUUCGUCAACACCCGUCCACCACCAGCACCACCAGCACCACCACCAGCAGCAGCAGCAGCAUCAGCAACACCAGCAACACCAUCAGCAGCAGCAGCAUCAACAGCAUCAACAGCAGCAGCAGCAACAGCGCUCGCUGCUAGGGAGUGCUAUGGCGGCAGGACAGGCGUGUCCGGGUGACCUCGGGGAGAUGAUCAGUAUGUAUCUACCCGUGGGAGCUGGCGCGGCUGCUGUUGCUGCUGCUGCUGGUGGUGGUGCUGUUGUUGGUGGUGGUGGUGGAGGUGGUGGUGGUGGUGGAGGAGGAGGAGGUGGUGGUGCUGGUGGUGCCGCGUUGGUGAGCGGAGCGAUUGAGAAUCAAGUGAGCGGCAUGGAUUUGGGUCAAAGACGCCUCCAUGGUCUGACCCAGCACUAUCAGACGUCUGGGCUCAACGUUCACGACACCUACACGAUAUGGUGAGAAGAGAGAUGGAGUGGAUGGUCAAGACGACUUGAAAUGCUCUCAACCAACAACCAACAACAACCAACAACAACAACAACAACAAAAACUGACCACGCAAAAUUACAAUCGAUUCUAAUAUUUUAUUUUGUGAACACUCAACCCCCCUCCCCCAUCCCCUUGAAUAUUGAUGGAUUAUCGAUAAAUGUUUUCCUCCACUGACAAAAAACGCACACACACACUUUAUAACACGUGAUAACAACACACAAUAGUACAAUACGUAUAACGCGUGCAUAUAAACACGCGUGCACACAUGCCGGAUUAACGAGAGGGGGGGGGGGUUGACGGAUCGUAACGAGAUGGGUAUAUUUGGGGACGAAAUGAUGAAUGAGCUUACAAAAUAUCAAUCCGUGUCUCUCUCUCCGUCAGCAUCGACACUUAACCACACAAAGACAAAGCAACCCGCUGCCCCGGUAUAGCCUUGGGGAGGUUGGGAGGGCAAGUGCUGUUAGCGAGUAGCACCAAUGAAGGCCGCCACAGGCAAGGUCGAUGAGUGACAUCUGCCCGUCCCUUCCCGCAAUUACCACGCCCGGCCGCCUUUGUAUUCCCACCCGGUACUACACAGCAAGUGGUAGUUGUGUUUUAAGGCUGAGUGGAUCGAGUCGGGCAGGGAAGCCUCAAAUGUAUUCGAUGCGCAUAGUUAUAGGGUAGGGGGA